AUGGUGAUGCAUGUCCGUCCAGGCUCUUCAUUACUAGGAGAAAACGGCAAAACUCAGCGCCUGCUUCGUAUGCUAUGGAACGGAUCAUGCAUCCAGCUCCGUGCUCGAAAAGACUUUUUCUUGGGCAUAGGAAAAAAGAUAAAAUUUCAUCGCGAAAGCCUCGGUAACCGCUUCGACCAUCCUGCCAGUGAACACGAAAUCCAAACUGUGCUUCUCCAAGGAUACACUCCCACUCUCCAACUGAGUGAGGUUGGAAAUAGGGCUCGUGCCGCAAUUGCCUUGUCUCCUAGCCAGGGAGUUUGCUACUAUCCAGGAAAGCUUCACGGGGGGUACCAAGCGUUCCUCAUUGACCAGCUUUUUGCCGACUGUUGCAAACCUGCAGUCACUGCAAACCUGACGCUGAGCUAUCAACGACCAGUAUCACCCGAUGCAGAACUAUUUCUAGAAGCGUGGCCAACCAAAGUCAAGGGACGGAAGAUUGAGAUGGAGGGGUCAAUCAGGACGCUGGACAAAGACACCGGUGAUAUGACCACAGUGGUAACAGCCUCUGCACUUUUCAUCAUACCUCGGUAG